AUGCAGCAUGCACAGCGGCCUGCACAUUUAGACAAGAGGCAGAGGGAGUUGAUGCAGACGCUGAAUACCGGCGAGCUUAUGGCGGUGAUUCUCAGGCACUUACGCCUGAAGGCCGAGGAGAAGGGCUUUCUCCCUCUGGCUGUGGACGUUUUGGCCAUCCUGGAGCGACAUGCAGCAGCACCCACCGCACGGGUGCCGAUGAAGGUCCAGAGCAAGCUCGAUGCCCUGCUGAGCAAGAUGACGUUUGCCGCCCUGAUUGGCAUGGCGCUCCGGCGCAAGGAUGUGGAUCCUGGUUUCGUGCAAGAGAUGAAUCAGGCCAUCCCUGCCUGUGCUGCACGCGAAUACGAGCAUGAGGCCUCGCCGCACUACGUGUCGCCCGGAGAUCGCUUCCGAAAUCAGGCACCGCUUCGUGGCUUUCCGCACAAAGAUGCAGUCCAAAUGGACACGAGGCUGACAGAGCGUCUACGAGAGCAGACGUUCUCAUCCGUUGAGCCGACGAGGAGGCGCCAACGGGCAGCCAAGGCUCCCAUGGCAGGUCAAGGAGCUUAUGGCUACAACAGCCCGUAUGGCUACGCGUACAGCGGGUACGCCACGCCUGCACCAGCCACUCGCUCCGCAGCAUCAUCGCCAUACCAAGGCAGCGCCUACAGCCAGUUUGGAGGCGUUCCGACAGAGCUCUACCCCCAGGAGCCUGCAUCAGAGUCGCUCAAGAUUUACAGCGACCUCUUUGAAGAGGUCAUUCAACGCGAUCGUGUGUUUGGAUCCUUGUUGCGAAAGGUCAAGGCGGCCUAUGACUCGCACUUGGGCGGAGAGGCGGGAGCGGUGCCGCCAAUGCCUGGUGUUGCAGAAAGCCUUCCAAAGGCUCUGCCCAGAGGCCUUGCAAGCGAGCCGGUUCUCGCCUCUGAGGCCUCGCAAGUGGAUGCUUCGCAGCCAUGGGAGCUGCACCGCGAGAACCAGGCUCUCAAGGACCUGAUCGAAAGGUUACACAUGGAACUCGAAGUGGCCGUCAAGCGUGAACAGCGCUGGAAGAACAAGGCCGCAAAGCUCAAGGCGCGUGCAAACGCAUCCCGCCUGUCCAGCAGCACCCAGUUGAUGGCCCCGGCGCAGGAAACACCCUCUUACUGGGCCGGAGCAGGCAUCGGUUUCCCACAGAUGGACGGUCAGUGGGUCGGCGAUGCGAUGGCGGCUGCUGCGGGAGCGAGGCCUCUCCACGAGCCCAGGUCCUUCCAUCCUAGCCGCCGAGAACCUGCCCUCGACGCCUCCCAGCCAGUGCAGGCUUGUGGGCCUGAAGUCUUGAACCAGGGUGGCCUCUUCAGUUUGAGUUCCAUUUCGCCGCAGCAUUCACAGCUGCAGCCGGUGGAGCCCAUCGAUGUUCCAGGCCUUCGCAUCUUGUUGCGACUUGACAAUGAUUUGACCCCGACAGGGGCCGCUGCUUCUGGAACCGAGACUGCACGCUCUGACGACAGUGGUGCGCCCAUGAUCCUUUGUUGCCUAGACGAUACCGGGGGACGGACAAAGCAGAGGAAGGAGGAGACGGCAGACGAGACAGCCGGGAAGGACGAGGCCAUCCGCAAGUACCUAGAUGAGCUCCGGCUGGAAGUCGAGAAACUUGAGGCCCAAGUGGCCGAACUUCAAGAGGAGGCGCUGCCUAAGUCUGCGGAGACCGGCGCUGUGAGGCUCAACGUGGGAGGUGACACGGGUUUCGAGCUUUUCCGAGAGCAGUUUGAUUGCUUUCCCAAGUCGCUUCUGCACUCGAUUGUGACUGGUCGCUGGGGAGGGUACACAAGCUUGGAUGAUGAUGGCCGCAUCUUCCUCGACUUAGACCCGGCACAGUUUCGUUGCGUCCUGGACUGGGCCUUUGAAGGCGCCGAAUCGGAACGCCGCCGUGCGCCGGAGACCUCCGAGCCGCAGACCUGGGGCCUGGACCUCUUGCUGCGCUUUCUGGGCUUGGCGGAAGAUCCUGCCACCAUCGUUGGAGAGCCCAAGGUGAAGCUGGACCCAGAGGAUGGUGCCAUUUGUACAUACACAGAGAUUCUCUGCAAAUAUGCAAAGGAGUUUUCAACCGACGAGAUUCGUGACUAUUGGCUGAACUGCAUGGAGAGCGUGCGAAACUCAAUGCCAUGCUACCGGCCAGUGAUGAUGUGCAACGGGAUGCCUGUCCGCGACCAGCUCACCUCGCAGCAAUCAUCGCAGAUCGACGAGCUUGCGUGCCUCCUGGCGGAUCACAUCCGCGCAGUCCAGGAGGAGGGCCAGGAACUGCACCAACGGAGAAGUGCAGCUCAGGACCAACUGGAGAAGUUGGAAACCGAACGCACAGGCAUAAGGCUGCUCGGUGGCAGAGCUGCUACGCCCCAAAGUAGCUCUGAAGUGCAGCAACCAGACAUUGUCUACUUCAAUGCAGCGGGUCGGAUCCUGGCCACAAGCCGCGCCACGCUUCUACACUGUACGGGCUCAAUGCUUGAGCGUUGGUUUGGUGGUGACUGGACACUCCAAGAGAGCGACCUUCUUGGCAACGCGGUGCGGAUUGACCAGGACUCCGAGACCUUUGCAUCUGUGCUGCAGAUUCUGCGAUAUCAUCGCAUCUUCGGGCCGAGCUCUGGGCUGCCCGCUGGGCAGCCCUGCCGAAAGGCCAAGCUCCCGGCGCUGCGGCAGGCCUUGUCCUAUUUCCAGCUGGAGCAGGUGAAGGGCAACGGAAAAGGCUUCAAAGGCAAAGCCUCGCGGAGCGCUUCCGCCUGGUUGCGGCCGGAGUCGCUGCACAUCCCAAAACGCGAGGAGGUGUUUGAAGCCUCCUCCGACACGAACAGCCCGGUCAGAUGGGAAGUCGCCGUGGAAGUAGCUUUGUGA